CCAGUGACUUCCAACCCCAGUUGCUCGCAAGCUCUCCUCGUCAUCCUCCUCCUUAUAGAGGACCCAAACUCUGCCGUCGGACACCGACGUCAGACGAACUUUCGCGUGGCCUGUUCGCACCCCCCCCCCCUUCCGACGGGGGAAGGUGGAUUGCGCGCGAAAAUUGAGGGCCGAGUGUGACCUGAGGGGAAAAAUUAACAAUUAUUAAAAAAUUAGAAAUAAAACCGCGCGCAUCGGGCAAAGACGAGAAGGGGACGUUUUUAAAGAAGGGGGAAAAAGCAGCGAUACGAUUAAAGAGAAUAGCAAAAAAUUACAAGCGACAACUCGCAAUUCAACUACACGCAACAACAACAACCCGCUGUGUUUGGUGGUGGUUGUUGGUGGUGGUGGUGGCGCUGAUGAUGUCCAUCAAGGAAGGUGGUGGCCACCACAGUUCAACCACUUCGCUCGUCAGCAGCAGCAGCGGCAGCAACAGCGCCAGCAGCAGCGAUUCCGAAGAGGAUGGGUGGCGGAGGAAGCUGGAGAAGGUUUGUGUGGCUGUGGGUGCCGCUGAUGACACAUGCAAGAUGGCCUGGAGGCUCUGGGAAUUGACGUGCAAGCCCGAGUCUGUGCAGAGCUGUGCUUCCACAAUGGCCGUGUGUCUCUACAUCGCCGCCCUGAAGCCGUUGCCCAUCAAGGUCACGCAGCUUCUCUCUGAGCUUGGGGUCAACUUCGACGAUUUCUACCACGCUGUGCGAAACAUGGAUGCACCGCCAGAAAUGCAGCUAUCGCUCACCACCCUGAAUAACCAGUUCCAGGUCGCUGCCGCCAUCUACAAAAAGUUCCAGACGAUGUACGGCAAGAUCUUCAACGAAGACGGCAGAGGAUGCGCCUCACCGUUUCCGUCCAAGAUGGCAAGGGAGUGCUGGACAAUGUUCAUCCUCGCCAAGGGCCACGGGCUCCAGGCUGGCACGGAUCUGGUCUCGGCGUUCCAUCUCCUGCUGUGCGUCCUGGACCACUUUGCCUCCCGCUGCCCGGCCUCGUCUCUUCACGAGCCCUACGCGUCCGCCGUCAGAGACGGCAAACCGGCGUCCGAGGUCGACACGGACGGAGAGGUCGACCCGGCGGCUUCGAGCGGCGAGCACUCGUACAGCCAGGGGACCGUCACCGCCGGCGUGGCCACGGCCGCCACCGUCACGACGCCUGUGGUGGUCGUAACGCCGCCUGCCAUCGCGUUGUUGUGCCGUCACAACAACUGCAACCACGAGGAGGUCAUGAGCAUUCACGCCGGCUGUUUCCUCCCUUUCCUGAGCUCUCUCCCAGCCACCACGAGAGACGCCCUCCUGCAGCUGCUGAGUGAGCGGUACGGGGCGUUGUACGAGCAGACACGUGGCAUCGAUGAACGGGACUUUCUCGUCAACCACCCCUCCCUCGUGCCCAACGCCGACAAAGUGCCGCAGGCUCCGGGCAGCCCAACCAGGAGCCAGGAUGCAAUGCCCGGACCGCAACAGACGCCAAUCAGGACCACGAUGAACACGGUUCAGCAGCUGAAGCUGAUCCUGAACUCAGCGAGCGAUGAACCUUCCGCGACGCUCAACAGCUACCUAAGCCGCUGCUCCGUGAACCCCCGUGCCGAGAUCGCGCGCACGGUGGAGGAGGUGGGCUCCCGCUUCCAGCGUAACUUUGUGGAGGCUACGUCCACCGGCUGUGCGGGGACCGCCAACCAGCGUUUAGGCCUUGCCGUGCGUCUCUACUACCGCGUUAUGGAGGCCAUCCUGAAAUCGGAGGAAGAGCGGCUGAACAUUCAAGAUUUCAGCACCCUAUUGGGUAUCGAAACCUUCCACGUGUCUCUCCUCGCCUGCUCGCUCGAGGUGGUCAUGGCGACGUACAACAGCUCCUGGAGUGGCUCUUGCGGGACGAUGAUCGGAUCCCCGGAGGAGGCUGGUGGUGUCUCCUUCCCCUGGGUGCUGGGAGUCCUCUCGCUCUCGCCCUACAACUUCUACAAGGUGCUGGAAAGUUUCAUCCGUGCGGAGCCGUCACUCACCCGCGAUGUCAUCAAGCACCUGAGGUGCUGCGAGGAGGCCGUGCUGGAUUCGCUCGCCUGGCAGCCAGACUCUCCUCUGCUGGAGGAGCUCAGGAGCUGCCGGGACUCUGUCACGGACGCAGCGUCGGAGCCGCACGGCGCGGCCUUCCUCGACGUGCGCCUGGCACUGCGGAUCGCUGCCCUCGUGGCCGACGAGGAGGACGAGGAGGAGGUGACCCAAAAACCGCCUUCGCGUGACGCGGAUACCAACGCAACAACCCCGACGACCCCGACUUCAACAUUCGACGAUUUUGCGACGCAGAUCCACGUCCGCCGUCUGCCCCGGCGGGCAGAAGGGCGCAACGGGGGCGAUCGAAAACCAGGAAAUCCCUCCACUGUGAGGAUGGACGCUGUGAGGAUGGACGCUGUGAGGAUGGACGCUGUGAGGAUGGCCGCCGUGAGGAUGGCCGCCGUGAGGAUGGACGCCGUGAGGAUGGACGCCGUGAAGAUGGACGCUGUGAGGAUGACGCUGUGA